UAAUAUUUAUGUUGUCUGACAUUUUCACUCAACAUUAUGUUCUCGGUGGGUGUGAAUCGGAGCCUGAAGAUCUGUGAUCAAAGCGUAGCGGCUGGAAGGUGUUGCUGCAGAGUGGAGAUGCUGCGGAGCAGAGAUGUUCCAGAUCCAGGGCCUCGUGCCGAAGCUGUGCCCUGAGGAGACGAAAGGGAAGAUGUGCAAGGAUGUGCGAGGAUGUGAUUUCCUCCUAGGGAACUUCCUCAUCUGUGUGGCCCUGCUGCGAGUCACUCCAUUUAUCUUGAAGGAAUUGGACAGUAUGUGAAGACUGGACAGCAGACGUGGACAUAUGAUAGAAGAACCUGGUUAUAGUUUCUUCUGCCUGCAAAUGAAUAGGCUCAGAGAGGUGUAAGACACUC